CAUUUCCGGAAAAGCUUCGCGCCGCUCAAGGCAAAUCUACUGCAUACAAACGUCUAGUGUAAACCGCAACGCAAUGGCCAACAACCCGCUCGAGGACGACGCUCGUGAGCUGCUGAUCCUGGAGCGUCAGCGCACGGCCGCGUUGGAGCUUGAGGUCAAGUCGCUGCGUGCGUCGCUCGUGGCACUGGGCGAGUCGACCGAGUUCGAAGAGGAGCGAAUGACCAACCGCCUCAUUAAGCGUCUUCAUGACGUCAAGAGCGAGAAGGAGAAGCUGGCGCUCGAGGUGGAGCGUGAAGAGGAGCUUCUGACCAACAAUCUGCAGAAGAAACUCAACCAGCUGCGCAAGGAGAAGGUGGAUCUGGAGAACAAGCUGGAGAACGAGCAGGAAUACAUUGUCAACCGCCUCUCGAAGCAGCUCGAGGCUGCGCGUGCCGAUAAGGAGCGACUGCUGCAGGAGCUGCAGAACGAAGACAACGGUGUGCGCAAGGCGCUGGAGUCGCAGGUGGCCAAGAUCCUGCACGAGAAGGUGCAUCUGGAGAACGAGUUGGAGCAGGAGCAGGAGUUUCUUGUCAAUCGUCUGCAGAAGCAACUCUCGGGUCUCAACAGUGAGCGUCGCCGUAUGGAGCGCAAACUGGCCAAGGAGAACGUGGCGCUUAUCGACCAGAUGCAACUCAAGAUCGACGUGCUGAAGCUCGAGUGUGGGGACAACGUCAACGCCUUCGCAGACGGCGUCAGCAAGAUCCUGGCCAAGGCGAAGGAGCAACAGGCCAAGAAAGCGGCAGACGUCGUCAAGACCACCAAGGACGACAUCAGUAUCCAUACCUGGGCUGCCUCCUCCGGCUACAAGCCGCAGCUCACGCCUGAAGGACUCGUCUACCAGCACAUCCGUCGUGGCACCAUGUGAAGCGACGAUCGGUCACAUUUUUAUCUUCUGCUGGGUGCAUGGACGGCAGCAGUUGGCGCGUUGGUUCUUUAACUUUUCUUUGCAGUUGCUGUCGCUGGUUGGAGAUAAAACGAAGUAGCCGAUCGACAUCCAGACAAAAAAAAAAGAUUGAAACCGAAGGCAAAGAGCAAACGAUUCGAGAAGAACAUCGCGGAUGGAGAAGACGCGGACGAGAGCAGGAGCAACUUUAAUCUUGUAACAUAACGAAGUAUUUUGCGUGUUAACCUUGUGAUGAGUGAAUGUCUUAGCACACUUCAGUAUGAGUGAAUGUUGACGCCACCACCAGAUUCCGGUGGCAUUCUCUACUUUGCAAGAUGUUGCUCUGCCGCGUAAAAUUUUGUUUUCAAAUUUUCUAUUAGCAAUUACAUAAACGACUUACACC